AUGUUACCUAUUGAAGGAUAUCAAGAUGUACCUUUAGUGUCAUUGGAAGAAGCAAUGAAGCCAAUUAUUCAUUUAUUUGAUAGAGACAGUCUAUUAACGAAGGUAUGGGUGGUGAAAGAGCGAUGCAAAAAUCCUGCUGAUGGUUUAUCACCAGAUGAAUCUGGUUCGAUUAUGCUCUACACUUUUGAAUGGAUUCCCAUUGAAGAAAGUCUCUAUUUUAUUCUAAAUAAAACUCUACGCAUGAGAAAUCGCGAGUUGUUAAAACCAUGGUUUCCUUAUUUGAGAUUAUUUAUUGGUGCACUUAUACAACUUCCUUCUAUCAAUGAUGUUAUUUAUCGUGGUGUUAAAAAAGAUUUGAAGAAUGAAUAUCCACCCGGCACCGACCAAAUUUGGUGGGGUUUUAGUUCAUGUUCAGAUUCUUUAGGCGUUCUUGAGUCUGAUCAAUUUUGUGGUACGAAUGGUAUUCGAACAAUGUUUCACAUUAAAUGUCUUGAUGGUAGAUGCAUAAAAAAUCAUACGUAUUUUCCUACUGAGAAGGAAAUUAUAUUGUUGCCAGGUCGAUAUUUACGAGUGGGUACUUGUUACAAUUCUCAAGAUGGAUUACGCAUGAUUCGACUUGAUGAAAUCGAACCUCCACACAAACUUCUCAAACUUCCUGACGAACUUCCUUGGCGUCGUGUAAAACCUGGAAUUUCUCUUCUUGGCAAAUGCAAGAAUUCUAAUUGUAAAGCCUACGAGAAAGAAGUGGUUAUUCCUAUAGGUUUCAGAAAAUUUGAUGUUGUCACAGAUAGUGAUUCAUCUAAUGCCAAAUGUCCAAUGUGUGCAAAGUAUGUUGACACGUUAAAAUUGGGCUUUAAUAAAUGUCAGUGGAAAAUGAGCGGUAUCAAGCAAGCUAGACAGUCGAAGCCACCAGAACGCUUUUCAGAAGAUUGGUCAAAUACACAUGGAAACUCACUACUUGAAUAUAAUUUAAAAGAUAGUAUAUGGAGACAAUUAAUAAUUGAAGCAAAGCCGACAAAUUCUAAUUGA